UACGCGGUAAACACGCGUGGGGCGGAGCUCGUGCGCCACCGGCUGGAGGCAGCGCGCAGGGCGCGGUUUGUUGGGAGGCGACGGCGAUGGCUUCCAGAAGGAGAGCUUUGAGCUUCAGUGAAAGGCAUCAGAAAUUAGUAGAUGGGAACUACAAGAAGUCGCUGCAUGUUCAAGCACUCAAGAAGAUAGAGAGUCAAGCCAAGAACCAAAUGGUGCAGAAUGAUAAUCAAGAGCGUUCGGAGCACAAGCACUUCCUUAGGCUGCUGCAGAACGAGCAGUUUGAGUUGGAUAUGGAAGAAGCCAUCCAAAAAGCAGAGGAGAACAAGAGGCUGAGGGAGCUGCAGCUGGAGCAGGAAGAGAAACUGGCCAUGGAACUGGCUAGACUGAAACAUGAGAGCCUGAAGGAUGAGAAGAUGAGGCAGCAAGUGAGAGAAAACAGUAUUGAGCUCAGAGAACUGGAGAAGAAAUUGAAAGCAGCUUACAUGAAUAAAGAGAGGGCAGCCCAGAUUGCAGAGAAGGACGCCAUCAACUAUGAGCAGAUGAAACGUGAUGCAGAAAUAGCCAGAGUCAUGAUGGAGGAACAUGAGAGGUUAACAAAGGAGGAAAACGCCGCGGAAAACAAGCGCAACAAAAACAAGGCGCAGUACUUCCGGGACUUAGAGAAGCAAGUUGAAGAACAGGAGAGAAAAAAGCAGGAGGCCUACGAGCAGCUGCUGCAGGAGAAACUCAUGAUCGAUGAGAUCGUCAGAAAAAUCUACGAGGAAGACCAGAUGGAAAAACAACAAAAAUUAGAAAAAGUGAAUGCAAUUCGAAAAUAUAUUGAAGAGUUUCAGAAAGAGCAGGCUCUCUGGAGAAAAAAGAAACGAGAAGAGAUGGAAGAAGAGAACAGGAAAAUCCUCGAGUUUGCCAACAUGCAGCAACAACGAGAAGAGAACCGGAUGGCCAGAGCACACGAGAAUGAGGAAAGAAGACUGCAAACGCAGAAGGAGCUGGUUUGGAAGCUGGAAGAAAUGCAGCGGCAGCGAGACGACUUGGAGCAAGUGCGCCAGGAGCUAUACCAGGAAGAGCAAGUGGAACUGUACGACAGGAAACUCAAAGAGGAGGCUGAGGAGAAGCUGAGGAAGAGAAAGGAGAUGAAGCAGGACUUCGAGGAGCAGAUGGCCCUGAAGGAGCUGGUGCUGCAGGCUUCCAGGGAGGAGGAGGCGGCGUUCCGGAAGAGCAUGCUGGCCAAGAUGGCCGAGGACGACCGCAUUGAGCUCAUGAAUGCCCAGAAGCAGCGGAUGAAACAGCUGGAGCACCGGCGGGCUGUGGAGAAGCUCAUUGAAGAGCGCCGCAGCCAGUUCCUCGCAGACAAGCGGCGAGAGCUGGAAGAGUGGCAGCUGCAACAGAGCAGGCAGGGCUGCAUCAGUGACGUCAUCGAGGAGGAACGGCAGAAGCUGCUCAAGGAACACGCUGCCAAGCUACUGGGCUAUCUCCCCAAGGGAGUGUUUAAGAAAGAGGAUGACAUCAACAUGCUUGGGGAAGAGUUCCGGAAAGCCUAUCGGAAAAGAAGUGAAGUUUGUGAAGAAAAGUGAUAGUCAAGAUUUGGUAAAACCUGGGUUUUUUGUAUGCUGCCACUAGAUGUCAGUGUAACAUUUAUUUUACAGUUCAGUGAUAGUGGAAACCCACUGUGUAUUUGGAUAUCCUAGAACAUCACCAAACCUCAUAAUUUGUAAGGAAUUAACAAAUUAAACAUAUGAAUAAUUUAA